AAUGAACUAAAGAUAAUUAACUUUAUAAACAUUUCUACAGAAACAACCUACAAUCAAUCUAGAAUAUCAAUUACCUACUGUUGUAACAACCAAUUCUGUUCCUAUUUCAUAAUUAUGGAGUGAAAAAUAUUGUUAAAAAGUUUUAAGAGUUAGCAAUCUUAAAACUUUUUAAUAAUCCUAAGAAAAACAAAAAAGAAUUACAGCACAUAUCAAAGUCUAAAAAUUCUUUCAAAAACCUAAAUUUGAAAAAGUUAAUCAAAAAUAUUAGGCAGCAGAAAUAUAUGGUUUCAAUUAAAUCAUCGAAGAACUUGAUAAAGAAAGAUCAGACAUUAAAGAUUUAUCAUAAAGAAUCACUAGAAGUGUUUCAAGAGAAGAAAAAGAGGUCAAAUUCAAAAAAAAUAGAGAAUAAAGAAAAUAAGAUGAAUUUAUAGAAUUUUUACAUAAAAAGUUUACACCAAAACCUCUUAUUAGACUCAGAAACAAAAAACAUAAUAUAGAUAUCACUAUAUGA